GCUGAGAGUCUUUCCCGGAGGCAGAGCCAGAGUCCCGGAAGAGGACUGUGAAUCAGCUUCCUCAGUCCUUUCUCUUUCCUUCCUGGUCUCAUCGCAGUCUCUCUGACCCAGCCGCCUGCUGAUUGACUCCUCUUUCUCCUCCCUUACUGCCUUUUGCUUCUCUGCUGCCGGUUUGGAAGCCCAAGAUCUCCCUUCUGUUGCUCAAUCGCACUGCACAGCGCCGCUAUUCUGCUUGAACUGCCAGGGACAAUCUUGGCUGAUUUGUAACUAGGUGAUACAGUCUACAGUGUCAGGUGUGAAAGAUGGAUAAACUCACAGCACCCAACACUAUAUUUGCCCUCAAUCUUUUCAAGGAGCUAAGUGAAAAGGAUACAACAAAGAACAUGUUUAUUUCUCCCAUGAGUAUUUCUUCUGCUCUCUCCAUGGUCUCUAUGGGAGCCAAAGGGAACACUGCAGACCAAAUGGCAACGGUAUUAUCUGUGCCCAAAGGUGGAGAGCUUCAUCAGGAGUAUGGGAAACUUAUUUCUGAAAUCAACAAGCCAGGCACCAAGUAUUUGUUGAAACUAGCCAACAGGCUUUUUGGAGAAGAGACAUAUGAAUUUCUUGCACCAUUUAUAGACUCCAGCCAGAAAUUCUACCAAGCUGGUCUAGAGAAACUGAGUUUCACCAAAAACUCAGAAGAUUCCAGAAAACAUAUAAAUGCCUGGGUAGAAGAACAGACGGCAGGUAAAAUUGCAAAUCUCCUUGCACCAGGAAUAGUUAACAACCUGACAAGGUUGGUCUUGGUGAAUGCUAUCUAUUUCAAGGGAAAUUGGGCAAGUCAGUUCCAGAAAGAACAUACGAUGGAACGACCAUUCAGGAUUAACAAGAAUGAAAGCAGGCCAGUGCAGAUGAUGUUUAAGAAAGCAAAAUACAACAUGACCUAUAUAUCAGAGUGUCGGACCAAAGUUCUGGAGAUCCCUUAUGUGGAUAAUGACCUGAGCAUGAUUAUUCUGCUUCCUGAUGCAAUUGAAGAUAAUUCCACAGGUCUGGAGAAGUUGGAGAGAGAACUGACCUAUGAGAAACUCAUGGACUGGAUCAAUCCAGAAAUGAUGGAUCUAACCCAAGUGGAGCUGUCUCUGCCCAAAUUUAAACUGGAAGAAAAGUAUGACCUGAAGCCUGUUCUGAUUGGCAUGGGGAUGUCUGAUGCUUUUCACGAGAGUGAGGCUGACUUCUCAGGAAUGUCACCCCAAAAUGACUUAGUCUUAUCUGAAGUUGUUCACAAAUCCUUUGUAGAGGUAAACGAAGAAGGCACUGAAGCUGCUGCUGCUACGGCGGCUAUUAUGAUGAUGCGGUGUGCUAUGAUUGUCCCACAAUUCACUGUCGAUCAUCCAUUCCUCUUUUUAAUUCGACACAACAAUACCAGAAGCAUCUUGUUCUAUGGUAGGUUUUGUUCUCCAUAAAAGUAGCAUAUUGGGCAGGUACAAUACAAACACAAGUUGUUGUGGCUCGUUUGGCAAUUUAUCAAGGUUUUGAUUUCAUAUCAGUAAUGUUUCUACUAAAUAAUGCUUGGUGCUUUAACUGGUGCUGUUGUGCCUGAAGCAGGCUUUUAUGCUACUGUUAAUAUUUGACAAAUGGUUAUGUCCCCAGAGAUCACUCCAAAAGAUGGUCCAGUGAAGGCAACUAUGACCUUAUUCUCAGUCCUUCUGCUGAGACAUAUGGAUAUUUGUUCAUAUUCCUUGUGUCUUAUUCAAUACAGGAUACAAUAUUGCACGGACUGGUGCAGAAGAUCAGGCAAGCCUUGCUAAGUGCACUUCUCUUAAUCUUUUGUAUGUAAAUUAUUCAAGAACAGAGGGCUUUGCAAGUGCCUUGAGUCCACUUUUGUGAUAGCUUUUCCAUUCUUGGUCUUCCUGUUUCCAAGGGGUAACUAUCACAUUUUCUUCACCUGAAUGUAUUCACUGGGAGCAUGGGGAUAAAACACUAGUUUACUUUUCUACCUCUGAUCUUUUGCUGCUAUUGUAUCUUAAAAUAUUUCUCUAGAGAAACAGCAUGAUUGGCAUAUCACAUUACUUACUUACUUUACUUACUUACUUAAGCAGAUACCACAUAAGCAGAUAUCCUCAGAUAUACUCUUCAUUGCUGCUUAUUCAUACCCACUUUCCAAUCACCUGUCAUUUCUCACAAUUUCUUUUGAACAAUCACACUAGCCUAACCCAGGACACUACACACGUACUCAUUUAUCCAUUUCUGGAUUUGCACCUUGCUUUCUUUACUCUAAAAUACCAAGUAAUAAUAUAGCAUACCAAAAUCACUCAAUACUACAAACUUGUCUAUGCAUGAAAAACAGGUAAAGCCCCAUAGUGACAUUUUAAAAAAAAAUCAACAGGCAAAGUUACAACAAAAUAUUAAAAAAGAAAGUUCAAGACAUUCCUGGAAACCUUUGAAAGAGUUAUGAUUUCUGAAUGUACAAAAUUUGACUUUGCAAAAAAUUAUUCUGAACCUGUUGUGAAAGACACUACUAUCUAUAUUUGCCUUUUGGAUGGACUGUUUAACAAAACAGUUUGAACUUUAUUUUAGAAAUGGCAUUCAACCUUGUUUGAUUGGAAUAAAAGCUAAAAACAAAUCUA